CGGGUCCACAACAACCCACAAAACAGACCAAAAUCCCUGCUCUUGGGGUGCACGCGCGGUAGUGGUGGUGCGUAAUCAAUAAACAAUCAGGUUACACAUUGUGGGGCAGGAUGAUAUACUACCCAGAUGUCACAUCUUCAUGCGUCAUAGCAGGAGGCAACACGAUGUCACUUUGUCCCUUUGUUGAUGGGCCUGGCGGGACGGGACGGGGCAACCCGGAAGGACACAAGACGCGGCCGCCUGUCUCCCUAGGACAGAGAGACCCACUGUCCGGCCGGCCUUUUGCCCAGGCGACUGCAGCCAGGAUGGGCCGGAAGGUGACCGUGGCCACCUGCGCGCUCAACCAGUGGGCCCUGGACUUCGAGGGCAAUUUGCAAAGGAUUUUAAAGAGUAUUGAAAUUGCCAAACACAAAGGAGCAAGAUACAGGCUUGGACCAGAACUGGAAAUAUGUGGCUACGGAUGUUGGGAUCAUUAUUAUGAGUCGGACACCCUCCUGCAUUCGCUCCAGGUCCUGGCUGCCCUUCUGGAGUCUCCAGUCACUCAGGAUAUCAUCUGUGAUGUGGGAAUGCCCAUAAUGCACCGAAACGUCCGCUACAACUGCAGGGUGAUAUUUCUCAACAGGAAGAUCCUGCUCAUCAGACCCAAAAUGGCCUUGGCCAAUGAAGGCAACUACCGAGAGCUGCGCUGGUUUACCCCGUGGUCCAGGAGUCGGCAAACAGAGGAAUAUUUUCUCCCCCGGAUGAUACAGGACCUGACAAAGCAGGAGACCGUGCCCUUUGGGGACGCUGUCCUCUCCACCCGGGACACCUGCAUCGGGAGUGAGGUCUGCGAGGAGCUCUGGACACCCCGCAGCCCACACGUGGACAUGGGCCUGGACGGCGUGGAGAUCUUCACCAACGCCUCAGGCAGCCACCAUGUGCUGCGCAAAGCCCACGCCAGGGUGGACCUGGUGACCAUGGCCACCACCAAGAACGGCGGGAUAUACUUGCUGGCCAAUCAGAAGGGCUGUGAUGGGGACCGGCUGUACUACGACGGCUGUGCCCUGAUAGCCAUGAACGGCAGCAUCUUUGCCCAGGGAUCCCAGUUCUCUCUGGACGACGUGGAAGUCCUCACUGCCACGUUGGAUUUGGAGGACGUCAGAAGCUACAGGGCAGAGAUUUCAUCUCGAAACCUGGCGUCAUCCCAGGGGCCUGUACGGGUACCAGCGCUGAGGGGGUGUCCUUCCCAGGCCAGCAAGGUGAGCCCCUACCCCCGCGUGAAGGUGGACUUCGCCCUGUCCUGCCACGAGGACCUGCUGGAGCCUCUCUCUGAGCCUGUUGAGUGGAAAUACCACAGUCCCGCCGAGGAGAUCAGCCUCGGACCUGCAUGCUGGCUCUGGGAUUUUUUAAGACGUAGCCAACAGGCGGGGUUCUUCCUGCCCCUGAGCGGCGGGGUGGACAGCGGGGCCACCGCCUGUCUCGUCUACUCCAUGUGCCACCAGGUCUGCGAGGCUGUGAAGCACGGAAAUCAGGAAGUGCUGGCCGACGUCCGGACCAUUGUGAACCAGACCAGCUACACCCCCCAGGACCCCCGGGAGCUCUGCGGCCGCGUCCUGACCACCUGCUACAUGGCCAGCGAGAACUCCUCCCAGGAGACUUGCAGCAGAGCCGGAGAUCUCGCCCAGCAGAUCGGAAGCCGCCACAUCGGUCUCAACAUCGACCCAGCCGUGAAGGCCGUCAUGGGCAUCUUCAGCCUGGUGACGGGUAAAAGCCCUGUGUUUGCAGCUCACGGAGGAAGCAGCCGGGAGAGCCUGGCCCUGCAGAACGUACAGGCGCGCGUGAGGAUGGUCAUUGCCUACCUCUUCGCUCAGCUGAGCCUCUGGUCCCGGGGUGCCCCCGGCAGGCUUCUCGUGCUUGGAUCUGCCAACGUGGAUGAGAGCCUCCUCGGCUACCUGACCAAGUACGACUGCUCCAGCGCAGACGUCAACCCCAUAGGCGGGAUCAGCAAGACGGACCUGAGAGCCUUCGUCCAGCUCUGCAUGGAGCGCUUCGAGCUUCCCGCCCUGCAGAGCAUCCUGGUAGCGCCGGCCACUGCCGAGCUGGAGCCCUUGGCCCAUGGACGGGUGUCCCAGACUGACGAGGAAGACAUGGGAGUGACCUACGCGGAGCUGUCGGUCUACGGGAGGCUCCGGAAGAUCGCCAAGAUGGGGCCCUACAGCAUGUUCUGCAAACUCCUCUACAUGUGGAAGGACGUCUGCACCCCCAGACAGGUGGCCGACAAAGUGAAGCGGUUUUUCUCAAAGUAUUCCAUGAAUAGACACAAAAUGACCACACUGACCCCCGCGUAUCACGCCGAGAGCUACAGCCCAGACGACAACAGGUUCGACCUGCGGCCGUUUCUGUACAACACCCGCUGGCCUUGGCAGUUCCGCUGCAUAGAAACUCAGGUUCUCCAGCUGGAGAGAAGACAGCGUCAGGACCUGGACGGCGUGGACUGAGCCCGGGUCCUGCACAGAGGGCUCCCCUCCCGCGAGGAUGCGCGUUGCACGUCUGCCUUGCUGGUGGCUGUGAGCGGGAACGGCUGGCGUGUCCACAAGCCCCGUCCGACAUGUUUCGAGGAGAGGGAUCUUUUCAGUCUGGUUUCUUUAAAAAAGGCUGAAAUACAAGAGGAUGCGAUUUUAAA